UCUACGUUACGCGCAUGCGUGCUGUUGUCCGUACAGACUCGAACGAUCGCAGACAUGGCGGAUCUCUCGCUGGAUGAAGUAAUUCGCCGUCGUAAUUUUAACGUCAGGGGCUCCAGUAAGAGGCCCAUGUAUGGUAGAGGGGCGGGGUCAGUGGGCAGGGCCUUUGAUGCCCGUCAGAAGAUUGGAGCUGGUGAUGUCAGACAGAGACUGGGAGUGGGUGGGGCUACAGGAGGGUUUCAGGUGAAAGAUGCAAGAGAGAAACUGGUACAGAAGGACGCCCGCUUCCGCAUCCGGGGCAGAGGUGGGGCUGCAGGUGCGGUGCAGGACGCACGGCAGAUGUUAAACUCCCGUAAACAACAACAGCAGCAGACGCCUUUUACUGCGACGCAGUCACUGCCUCCCAAACCCACUGCCGCAGGAAUACCACACAUCCAAAUCCACAACACCGGUCCAAUCAGCACAGGCGCCAGGAACUUUCCCACCAGUCAGGGUCUGAACUCCAGAGUCGGUGUGGCUUUGCAGCCAGGAGGCGGGAUUACAAAAGUAGUCGAUGCACGUGAUAGGUUGAGCUUGAAGAGAAGCAUCCCGUCAACAUCCAAUCAGAGCACAGCACCUCUAAAGAUCACCAAAACCAUCCAGCAGCAGAGGCCUGUGGGAAUGACCAGUGGGAUUCGAAUUAAUGUUCCUGCAGGAGACCCUCAGGGUGCGUCUGCUGCUCCUGCUCGUGAUGAUGACGACGGUGCUCUGAUGACCAGUAAACAGAUGAAGAUCACUACAGCCAACAGCCUGCAGACACGAUUGAGAACACACACACCUGUGGGGUCUGGCUCUCUGUCUCCUCCAAUCACUAAAGUGGUGAAGAACGACUCUUACACGCCAGCAUCGGUCUCUGUGCCGCCCUCUCGACCAGCCGCCCGCCCCUCAACACAAACCCUGCAGCCUGUUUCCAGGACAACAGUCACUACACAAUCCACAGCGGGUCACAGUAGUGCUCCGACACCUGCGGCACAGCCGGUCUUCAGUCCACUGGAGGGCACAAAGAUCACAGUAAAUAAUCUUCAUCCUCGUGUUACAGAGGAGGACAUAGUGGAGUUGUUUUGUGUAUGCGGCGCUCUGAAACGAGCACGGUUGGUGAAAGUGGGCGUGGCUGAGGUGGUGUUUGUGCGUAAAGACGACGCAGUCAGCGCAUACAGGAAGUACAACAACCGCUGUCUUGAUGGUCAGCCCAUGAAGUGUAACCUGCAUAUCCAGGGAAACAUCAUCACAUCUGAGCAGCCCAUUUUACUGAGAUUGAGCGACUCUCCCGGUGCUCUGGGCUCAGGACAGAAGGAGGGAUCGUCUCGCUCCGGAACGAGAUCCGCGUCAACCUCUGACGUGGAUCCACAGACCGUUUUGAAGGCCUUGUUUAAAUCAUCCAGUCAGCAGCCCAACACCAGCGAGACGUCCGGCUCCACGGCCUUCCGCAUCAAGAUUUAACACCCGUAUCUCCACAGGCGUGAUGGGAUCGCCUCUUUGAUUGUAUCUGUUUUUAUUAUGGGGGCUUCGAUGAUCGACUGGUUCACAUUAAACACUUUAAUGAUCACGAGCGCUUUAUUUUGUGUCAGAUGUUUUUAAAUGCCGAUGGUGUGCGUGAGACUCUGUCACAGAUCAAUGUGUGGAUUAAUACUGGAUCAGAUCUGUGCUGGACUUCAGUCUCUCACUUUCUCUUGUUUCUCAUUUCUGUGAUUUCAUUCUCUUGUUGUUCUCCAGUAAAGAUCUCACUUUAUAA